AUGCCAAUUAAGGUUUCGCAGCCCUUGAGAUUAUUCAAAAUCAGCCCCUUGGUGAGUUUUAAGCCCGGAGCCGGAGUAGUUUAUCAUCCAUCAGCCCACGAAGCCUAUUUAAAUGAAAAACUCAGACUUGAAAAAGCCGCCAAGAAAGGAAUAAAAUUGCCACAAACGAGGAGUGACUGCUUCUAUAAUGGCCUGAACCCAGACAAGAUUAUCACAAAUGAAUGGCAGAGCCUCGACGUGGGAAGGAAGCCAAUGAGAGGAGGAUAUAACUUCUCAUCUUUCAGACUGCCUCAGGUGGAGGCGUUUAACGAGGACGAACUUGCGAAGUUUUUCGACCUCGAGAAUUUCAUGAAGAGGUACUCGCUCAAGGAGAUGUGGAAAUCUGCCAAGUUCAGAUACAGGUUCAGCGCCAUGAUGUACCUCUCAGUUCUAUUCCCCGCCGUCUUGAUAUGGUCUGAGGCCAUCUGGAGGAACCGCUACGAGCCUCUGGAGCCCGGAAUUCCCAAUGAAGACUACCACAAGCACUUCAUCUGGCACGCGCUCGGCCACAAACUCGACCACCAUGCCUUUGUUCAAUACUCUGAGGCCAGAAGAACACACAAGUGGAGAAACGACAAAAUCAACCCAGAAGACUACAUUCCACCGCAAUACAGAUAUUUGCAAAAAUUACCCGAGGAUUUUUGUAAACACCAAUAA